GAUUUUUUUAAUUUCUAUUUUGAUGUUUUUGACAAGAGUCAAUUUGUUGAUAAAAUUAAAACAGCAUGAUGGACAGUGCUACAGAGGAAAUAUACUUUCAACGUCUACAAGAAUAUGUUCAGGAUGAUGAUAAAUCCGUUACAUUACCAGCACUAGCUAGAGAUCUGAAAGUAUCAAUUCAAGACGCAAAAUAUCUACUAGCUAAAUAUGUAAAGGAUCAGAGAAAAUUGAACCCGAAACAGCUGGCUGUUACUUAUGUUUUAACAGGUGUUUUACAUGGCAAAGGAAAUGCAGUUAUUAUUGUUAAAGAAACUGAUUUAGACGAAAAAAGAUCUCUGUUUGAUAAGGUUGAAAGCGAAACUUUGUUUAGUGUACAGAAAUGUAAAGAAAUUGAUUUAAAUAGCUUAUCAUUGGUGUAUGAUGUAACUAAAGCUGCUGAAUCACCACUAUUAGGUUCUAUUGUAAGUAAACAUUGUAUAAAGAGAACACUAAAGGUAAAGAAGCUCCCACCCCCUCCACCAAGUACAAUUAAAGGAAAGUCUUCCUUUUUCCUACCUAAAACAUCUUCAAAUACUUCUCUGAAAUCGGAAGAAUCAUCUUCAUCCAAGGAUGAACCAAAGCAAAAACAGAAUAAUAAAGAAAAAGAAGCAGACAAAAAAUCCACUACAAAUACUAAACCCAAGGGAGGACUUUCUGCAUUCUUUUCAAAAACUUCAUCCAGUUCAAGUAUAAAGAGUGAAAAUGGAAUCAAAAAGGAAUAUUCAACAAUCAGUAGCAGUCAACCUAGUGAAUUAGAAGAAUUAAUGGAAGUUGACUUUCAAGAAAGUAGUGAAGAAUUUAAAUUAGAUAGUAAAAAAAUUAAAAAUGAGUCCAAUGUUGACAUAAAGAAAGGGCAACAGGAAGUUGUCAAAGAUGAGGGAAAAAAUAAUAUAAAGAAAUCAGAUGUGAAGAAUAAAAAAAAUAAAAAUAAGAGGGAGCGAGAAAAAAGUCAAGAAAAAUCUGUUAAGAAAAGGAAAAGGAUUGUUGAAAGAAUGGAUUCUGAGAGUGAUGAUAUGUUUGAGAAUGAUGAAGAAGAUAUUGUAGAAAAGUCUGAUGAAGAACCUGAACGUGCUCCAUCACCAGUAGCAAAGAAACCUUUAGCUCCCAAAAACAAAAUAAGAAAAGCAGUUGAUAAGACCUAUAUGGAUGAAGAGGGAUAUAUUGUAACAAAAACUGAAUAUGUUUAUGAAUCGGCCCCAGAAGAUGAGGAACCGGCUAAGACAGUUAAAAAUGAGCCGUUAGAAAAGCCUAAAGUGGAAAAGAAAAAUAGUGCGUCUUCGGAAAAUGAAGUAUCCCCUCCGAAAGGCGGAAAGGGUAAAAAGGGCAAGAAAAAUAAUAUGCAAAACCAACCUACUCUAAUGAACUUUUUUAAGAAGAAAUAAUGAGUUGUUAAAAAAUAUUAAGUAUUUUUAAACUGUAUUUUACUUUAAAUUUUAUAAAUAAUACAAGAAAUC